AUGAGUGGUGAUAUCGUCAUGGCGACGAACUUGAAUCCAAAGGAAGGAGGAGGAUCUUCAUCUAUAAAGUGCCAAAUGCUUAAUUCAACAAACUAUACAGUGUGGGCAUUAAGGAUGAAGAUAGCUCUUAAAGUACACAAAGUCUGGGAAGCUAUUGAAGAUGAAGCAACCGAAGGAGAGAAGAAUAACAUGGCGAUGGCGCUACUACUUCAAUCUAUACCGGAGGCGUUGAUACUUCAAGUCGGCGAGCUUGAUACAUCGAAGAAGGUAUGGGAGGCAAUUAAAACCAGACACACCGGAGCUGAGAGAGUCAAAGAAGCGCGGUUGCAAACAUUGAUGAGUGAGUUUGAUCGCCUCAAGAUGAAAGAUACAGAGCCAGUUGAUGAUUUUGGAGGCUAA